CUUUUACAUAGGAGCUUUUAACGCGCUCUGGGUAAACAGAAACUCGAGGGAGUGUACUUUUAGAUCGUGUUGGCUAUGAAUAGGUUUCAAUAGAAGAUUUACUCGGUGCAUACAUAAUACAGGCUUUUGUUACGAGAACACUGAAUAUUCAAUAAAUCCUCCUUUUUGUAAGUGAAUGACUGGCUUUUCUGUAUGCAAGCCGUAGGCAUUGAAAUUUCGCUUACGCCGUUGUGACAGGAAACCACACGAAACUUUCUAGGCCAUUUUUUGUUCCGUCGUUGUGCUGGAAACAAGACGACCAGUUUAUGUUUCCACCACUGAAUUAACUCUUAACUGGUCUUUAGUCUGCCAUCGGGAUAAUUAUUAUACCAAGUUGUUACUCUUUUACUGGUCUUCUGCUGUUUAAUAUAGUGCUGGAUCGUUCACUCCACCUAUUUAACUCAAAUUAAUCAAUCCACCCGUGACUCAGGAAAGCCUCUAUAUCGAAGCGCAUCACCGAUCGAUUUGCAAGAACAAGUGGUGAUCAUUGUGCGCUCUUGAAGACGUUUGACCAUCCGUUGUCUUGUUUUUCCUUGGAUCGGUGAACCGUAUAGGAGAAACUCUUCGUAUGGUUGGGAAAGACCUUGUAUGUUUUUCACCAACGCUCCAGUGAACUGAGAAGAAAACAUUUUUCUAUCAGAACCGGUCAACUGUGAGAAGGAUUGCUCAUCAUGAUGACGAAGAGGAGACGCACAGGAGAGGCCGAUACUGUUGGAGUGAACCAACUUGGAGGGUCGUAUGCAAAUGGCCGACCUUUGCCCCCAAGCAUUCGACAGCAUAUUGUAGAACUUGCCCAGCAAGGCGUGCGACCAUGCGAUAUAUCACGUCAACUGAAGGUAUCUCAUGGAUGUGUCAGUAAGAUUUUAGUAAGAUAUUAUGAAACCGGGUCAAUAAAGCCUGGAGUCAUAGGAGGUAGCAAACCCAAAGUGGCCACACCAGAAGUCGUCAACAAAAUUGGAAAUUACAAAAUUGAAAACCCGACGAUAUUUGCUUGGGAAAUACGGGAACAGCUGCUGAAGGAGAAGAUAUGUACAACAGAAAAUGUACCAAGUGUUAGCUCAAUAAACAGAAUACUAAGGGGUAAGGUCGUUGGGGGAGAAGAAACUUCCGGGCAAGUCGGAACAUCGGCUAUUCAGACCAGCAAAGACCAAAACAUUCUCGGAAGCAGCACUGGAAUGACAGUGAAUGCCCUAGCCCACAUGAGCCAAGACGAGGCAAAGAAGUACGCAAGUCUUCUUGCGGCCAUGAGUAUGAACAUCAACCCACAAAGCUUUCAGCAGCAGCAACAGGUGAAUAAUGGCGCGGUGAACAUUGUACCGUCGCCAUACUCGAUUCACAGUCUGCUCGGCAUCCAAGGCCAACAAAUUAAGCAAGAGCCGUCUGAAGAUGAAAAAGCCACAGCUAUCGCCAUCACAGAAAUGGCAGGGAAGGAAGUCAAGGAAAGUGGCGUGCCUGUGAUCUCUGGCAAGUUUGAUGCUGUGGAGAAGGCUUACCAGAUCGCUACAAACAGCAUCGGCGAAAGUGAUAUCUCUGCUUUGGCCAGCGUAGCAAGCCUUGUCAGCAAUCUACAGGUACCAGUCACAGCUCAGAAUAUUGCAGUGCCUGUGAUAACUCAUGUUACGUCAUUACAGAACCAACAAAAUGCUAACAUUCUCACCACAGAUAAAGGAAGGGAGAUUGUUGUACCUCUAUCUUCAGUUCAGACAAGCUUGGCCAAUGAUAAUGCAACUUUGACUGAAUUACAGCCAGCUGAAGUGUUGACUCUGCAGGCACCCACUGUUCCACAAUUACAAACAGUUUCUAAGCCUAACGAGACUGAGAAACCAGUCGUGCCAGUUGCAGCAUAUACAAGUACGAUUACACCUACUCCUGGAUUUAGUGUUGCCUAUCCGACAUCAACAACACUGUCUAAUGGAAAUGUUAGCCUCUCCAGUACGCUGGUGUCUACCACGGCAGCUGACCAAACUGCACCACUUCCGUCAAUGAGGGUGGCAUUCCCUACAUCAGUAGGUAGUACAGUCCAACUAGCUACGGUACCGACUCAGUUACCAUCAUCGAUUGGACAGGCCACCAUAAUUCCUCAGCCGGGAACAACUAUCCAGUCUGUUGCAUCUUCUCAAGGCAUUCCAUUAGCAUCUUUAGGACACACUGCAGUCCCUCUGCAAACUGUCACUUCAUUACCAGGUUCCAUUAGGUUUGCACCUGCUACCAUCUCAGGACCGCAGAUGGUUACUUAUCAACAACUAGCUGCCAUACAAGCUGCUCUACCACCAGGAACCAUUGCAGCUCAUGCUGCUACGUUGCAACCUCUUACAGCUCUCCCGCAAACAUCGCUUUUGCAAACUGUCAUCCCGCAGAAUGCAGUGCCACAGGUAUCAACCCUUCAACAGACUGUGGUAGCACAGAAUACGGUAGCACAGAAUACAGUGCCACAGACGUCAACCCUUCAGCAAACCGUGAUACCGCAGAAUACAGUGCCACAGGCAACAACCCUUCAGCAGGUUGUGAUACCGCAGAAUACAGUGCCGCAGACAUCGACCCUUCAGCAGACAGUGUUACCGCAGAAUGCUGUGCCUCAAACAUCUACCCUUCAGCAGGUUGUGAUACCACAGAAUACGUUGCCACAGCCGUCGACCCUUCAGCAGGUAGUGGCACCACAGAACACAGUGCCACAGACUACUGUUACAUUACCACAGACAGUUCCGAUAUCGGUUGCAACUCAAGCAAUUAUGCAAGGGGUUGGCACUCAACAGCAGGUGCCCCAGACUACAACUCAGCAGCAGAGUGUGGCAGCACAUGUGAUUGCAAUAUCGCGAGCAGUGGCAAACCCCGAGACCAAUACCGAGACCAAUCCCCAGACCACAAUCAGUGAGACAGCACCUCAGCAACUUGUGACCACAACGGUUCCAGCUGUAUCGACAGAAGUCGAGGUGCCGCAAUCAGAUACAAAAGUCCAAGAAGACGGAGCAACGAUUCAGCAGCCAUCAACUACUUCAUCAUAACAAAGGAAGUCAUAGAAACAAGAUAUCAACAUUACAUAAUGAUUAUCUGGAUAAAUCAAAUUGUGUCCCUGUUUUCACUCUGUACCCAAAACUAUUUUUGUUAAAGUAGAAGUGAAUAAUUUAAUUUAAAAUAAAGAUUGCUCAAUUUAAUAUCAUCUCAUAAUGCAAGUGUAAGAAAAAGCAAUAAUAUGCGAGGUUUCAGCCUAGCAAAAGUGUUACUUAUUACAGCUUGACAAAAUGGCUGAAAAAAAAAAAACCAUUAUGCAGAAGGUUCUUGCAUUAGGCAAUUUGUGUAACACACAUUGGGUACAAGUAGCCAAAUAUAUAUAUCUUAGGUUAGGAUUUGUGAAAAUAGUCUUUAUAAUAUCUAAUUUUGAAAUUUUCACUCCAUAUCGUGCUAUACAGUGUAUUUCCCAGUAUAUGCAUAUUCGUGUUGUAUAUUUCUCUCAUUUUGGUUGAGGUCUUGAUAAAUUUUUGGAAAAAAAAAGAAAUAUGAUUGCUAUCCUUGAACAUGUAAUCUGUAUAUUUUGGACUCUAAUAACAGGAGUAUGUUAAGUAUGAAAUUAAUUCUUUUAAUGAAAAUCGAUAUCAAAUUAUUAAAAACUAAAAAUAAAUAUUUAAAACCGAUGAAUGGUGUAUUCAUAACAUGCUGGGAGAAGUUUGUAAAAACCGUUACAAGAAUACUGGAGUACUAACCCCAAAGUAUUUGAUUCUCAUAAUAUAAAAACCUCACACUUUAUUGGGAUAUGGGAGCUCUAAUUGGAAUGGUCUUGCACACUCUUUAAUGUGCGAGUUAAGGUUGCUGGGUUCACAAUAUUUCCUUGGCUUUUCAUUUGAAAGAAAAUGUGUGAUGACAUUUUUGAUACACACCGUAUGUGACAAUCCUCCAAGAGUUUCAACAUUUUGGAGGCGAAAAUACACAAAUGGUUUCUGGCAUCUUCAGUAGUUAGCUUUCUGGUUUUUCUAUUUGUUGUACAAAUCAAUCUUCAAUAUAAAUAAAAUUCAAACUAUUGCCCAAGGUUUUAAAAUAUUUAACCACUUGCAUGGAAUUCUUGAAUGAAAUUUUUCUAUGUGAUUGCAUCAUUUAUGUAAGAUUUGAUGUUUUUUUUUUUUUUGUGAAUUUCUCCAAUAUCCUGAUUUAAAUAUUUAAAACUCAAUAUCAGGUAGAUGUGCCAAAUAGUUUUGUUUUGCAGUCUAAAGAUCUGCUAAUUAUCAUAUUUAUUUGUUUAUUCAUUUUUAAUUUGAAUACAUGUUACCUUGAAUACAGCUUCUGUUAAUGUCCUGUUGCCAUAAUUUUUAUAUUUUUUAAAGUGGCACUGCUAAUAAUGAUUAUGUUGUACAGUAAUCCUCUUGAUUGAUUAUAUUUUAAUCUCAAUGGGGAUUAGACAAUUAACAAUGUUAAUUUAAACUGCUUAGUUUUGGAUAUAAAAAAACUGAUACAUAAACUUUCCCUAUUGUGUAUAGAAAACAUAGGUUUAGUCAAUGUUAAUCUGUUGUGGUUAUAAUUUUGUUCAAUUCUUAUUGGAAAAAAUUGUAAAAUAUAUUUUUUGGUGGAGGCAACCUCAGGACCUUUUCUUUUGUCUUUCAUUUUUGUCAAUAUAGUUGGUUCCCAUUUAUUUUUGUCUACAUACUUGUUACCAAACGUUGAGUAUUAUGUUUCAAGUACCCACAACAUUGUCUUGUAUUUAUUAACAGUUAAUUUUUUGAUGACCAGCUAUUUGGUUAUAAUGGGGAAUAAAAAAAAAAAAGUAUCAUAAUUAAAUUUUUUUAGAAACAAUUAUUCAAUAGAAAAUAUAAAUUACUCAGUUUUAAUUGUUUCUAUUUUUAUAUUAAAUUAUAAAUAUCAAACGUUAAGGCAAUUGAACUUAGGAUCCUGUUUAGAAUCAUACUGCAUAAUUACCCAAGCAGAAUAUGCCAUAUAAACGAAUAAAUUUGAAGAAAAAAAUUGUUUGUUUUUCAGUAUCAGAGCCUACUAAUUUCUGUUUUUAUCAAAUUAAAAAACCCAAGAUUUAUACUAACUUUGGAAUUCUUGGUAUAUACAUAUAAAUCAACUGUGGGUAUUUAAAAUCUUUAGCAGAUAAUAGAGUAUAAUCAGAAAACUAGAACACAAUACAGUAUUAUUGUAUCAAUAAAACUGGUAUUGUUUGUUUAUUAUUACAUAGUUACAAUGAAUCUGCAUAUAAAAUCUUUUACAAAUAUUUCAUUAAAAAUUACUGUAAGGCUUAGAAUUCUUGUAUUCGUGGAACAUUACAACAAAAAAAGAAAACACUAACAGGGUUCAGCAUUUUAUUUCUUGCUUAGAUGAAUGAAUGUAACAUUUUCACGAGAAAAUAUAGCUGUGUGAUCUUUAUGUAAAUAAUAAGACAAUUUUCUUAAGUGUGUUUGUCCCUUUCAUUAUGUAAAUUACUAACUAGUAGAUAGGUACUGUACUCUGUAGUUAAUUUCAUUUUUUAUAAUAUACAUAUUUUCUGUAGACCAGUAGUUUAUAUUGUUAUAUGUUUGUCCAGUUUAACAUAUUGACUUUUAUUAAGAUAUCCUGUACAGUAUUCCGCUACUCUUAUGAGGGAAGACAUUCUUAGUUUCAGUUUGUGUAAUCUAUAGAAUAAAAGCUUGUCAAACAUUGCUUUGUUAACAUUGUAUUUAUCAUUUCAUUGGCAUAAGGUUUUUGUUUCUUUAUAAUUUGAUGUUGCAUAACAUUAGUCUUAAUAUAAAUUGAUAUUAAAAAAUCACCUACAAACUCACCAUAAACUUUCUGUACUGGGUAAUCUUGUGUACUGAUUUAUCUGGCAUGUUCUCGCGUACCGAUAGUGACUGAUCACUUACCGGAAGGUACAUACUGUAGUCACUUAGGUUGUACUCUAUGUUCUCGCAUACUAAAAUGGUACAUUAUCACUUUGUGAAGUGGUAUGCUGUUGCUUAUCAGAAAGGAGAGUGAUCACUCAUGGCAGUGGUAUGAUUUUGCUUACCUGAAUGGUAUGUGAUCAAUCACUGUAGUGGUAUGUUUUUGCUAACUGACAGUGCAUAUUCACAUAACCAAGUACAGUAGUAUAAGUUUACCAACAAAACAUGUUUAAAUAAAAACUGGUAGUGAUAUAGGACUGUACCUGUAGUCUUGCUUACUAACAGCAAGUGCUGUAGUAUUUCUUCUAAUACUAAUAGUAAACCUAUAGAUUAUUAUGUGCGAUGUGCUUAUGUUGAGUGCUCCUAUGAUAUUAUGUAGUCCAUGCGCAUAUUUUUGCAUAAAUACUGGUAAGCACACUCAAUGUAUCAAACAUACUUCAGCUCAACUGGAAGAAGAGUGAUCUUUGAAAUUGUGCCAAACCAAAUUUCAUUUGCAUAUCAGGUUUUUGUACUGCCUAAGUUUUUAGAUGCUUUCGAAUGCUUAUGAUUGAGUAAAGCUGUUUUUUUGUAGAUCAGUUGUGGUCAAAUCCAAGCUCAUCAUUGAAGAUAUUCUUAGAUGAACCACUGUACCAUCAUAUUUUUUUUUCAGAUUUUUUUUAUGGACUCUUGAUUGACUCCAAAUUCAUCAAUGCUUUUCAAUGUUUAAAAUAUACUGUAUUAAGAUACCCUGUACAUGUAAGCAUAUACAGUAUAACAACAGGUUAAGACUGACCCUUUAUAAUAAAAUUUUUCCCUGACAAAAUUGUAUAGCAAAUUACACUGACAGAACACUAAUAUAAUUUUUUUACUAUUUUCUGUGAUGUUCCUAAGAUAUAAUGUAUUUAUUGAGCUAAUAUAAACUUUAAGUACAAAAUAGCAUAAUUUACAUAUUUAAGCAAGUUAAUAGUUUUCAAUACAAUUAUCAAUAUUCCCUCACUGAUUUUAUCAGACAUAUCUUGUUGCUAAAUGAUUUUAAGCAAACACUUAAUGUCAUUAAUAUUCUUCUGAAAUUUGAGCUUUUACAUUCUAACCUUAUAAACCUAGACAAUUAUGGACACCUCUAAAUAUGAAGCUUAAGAGGUAAAUUGCUUCCUAUUCUCAUAUGGAUUAUUCUGUGAUUAUUUAGUAAAUAAUUUUCUAAUUAGAUUUGUUGCAUAAACUUAAUAUACACAAAUAAAUAAAUAAUAAUAACAGUGCUAAAACAGCAGUUAUUAUUAUUUAUCUAUUUGUGAUUUCAUCUUGAAAUCUGUAGUAGUUUCUUUUACUCAGGAAUCCCAUUGUAUUAUUGUUAUUAUAUUAUUAUACUAAUAAAUAUUUAUUAUUGGGUUCAGGAUUACUAUACUAUUGAAAACAUGUUUUAUUACUUUUGCCAAAACAUGUUAAUUGUAAAAGUUCAAAGGACUUUAAAUACCACGCUUGGUGACGCUAACCCUAAAUAAUUUAGUAAUUUCCCCUUCUUGUCAGUUUUUUAACUAUCAAUUCUAUAUGUUCCUCUUGCGACGCACUGAAUCGUCUGCCACAUUUGUCUCUGUACAUUAUGUUUAUAGAAUUGUGUGUUUUUAUACGUUGUUUUUUACAAUAUUAUGGGUUGGAAGCUUUCACACUUAUUCAACUUUAAUGUUUGCAUAUAUAAUAAAUAGAUGGUCUUACAA